GCAGAGAGGCUGCAAGAUAGACCAAAUAGAUAAGUAGAGUCGCGCGUGUCCGCCUGAAACGUCCGAUGCCGCUGGGCGUGCGGGACAAGAAGCAUUGGGCGUCGUGAUUGCGGCGUCGCGACGACGACGACGACGGCGACGGCGACGACGCUCGGUCGCGCGCACGAGCUCUCAACUUUACGUGAUCCGUGGCAGUGAGAAGCAGCGCGUCGCGUCGCGUCGCGUCGCGCCGCUCCACGAAGCGUCGUGCGAGCGACAUGCGCUACGGCUGGCGGUGGCCUUGUCAAGUGUCGACUGUGAUCAGGAGGACGGAGACCAGGCCGAGAUCGAGGACGAGGACGAGGACAGCGACGAGGGCAACGGUGACCACGAGGACAGCGACGAGGACAACAGGGUCAGGGGUAACGCCGGUGACGAGGAAGCCGCGAGCGGAGUUGUCGACGAUGUCAAGGUGCUGCUGGUGAAUUCGCGAGCACGGGACGCAUGACGAAGAAACGCGGCCGACUGGCAUGAACGACGACGUCCUGGACGACGUUGCCGAGGAGGAUCCCCGCGGCGAUGCCCGUGAAGGAAGCGCCACGGGCACCACGACGACGAAGACGACGACGACCGCGUCCCUCGUGCGCACCCCGACCGCCGUACGGUCGGCCCGACUGACAACACCCGGCCGCAGCGAUUCCGCGGCGGUCCCGGCGAACGAGAUCGCGCCACCGCAACUAUCCGCGUGCACGUAGGCUGCGCCGAUCGGAAAUCUGCGUCGCAGAAGAUCGCGCGAGCAUCGAGACGACCCUCAGUGACGCGAGACACGCGACGCCCGUGGCAUUUCUCAUCCAGCUUUGAUUCCCUCGAACGUUUUGCGUUUAUGCGGAUUUCGUCGCCGACGGAAAUAUAAGUCGGAUCUGACGUACCAUACUAACAUACUGACAUACCAUCGAGGGAUCCAGUUUCCAUAGAAAGAAAGGACUCUAUUUUCCUCCCUCCGAAGAUCUCUGAAGAAAAAGUCUCGCCCUUCAAAGGACGAAGAUUACCAAGAUCUCAUAAGAGAAAGGACGCUUCUUAACGUGGUGCCUUUCGUUCUAGGAGGAGUCUUGGCAGAGGAGAAUCGUCCGUUCACCGGCGUUCCGGUUGCCAGAACACCGAAGACCGCCAUCGCGGUGCUCAACGGUGCGCUUGACACGAGGGGGACAACCAUGAAUGUUACCACGAACGACCUUCCGGUGCGGCGAUGCAGCACGACGUGCCUCGCGUGACUCGCGCCGGUCACGAGUAGAGAGGAUCGGCCUUCUCCUCCUCCUUCGUCACUACCUCCCCCGCGUAAGUACCGCGGCGGCGGCGGCGGCGGCCACCAUCAACGGUGCAACGCGCGCUGGCCCGUCUUUCCUGUUCAACCCCCCGCGUCCGCGGGGCACAAUCCUUACGACGAGGACACGCACACCAGGGUGGCACGAUAGUAUGACGGUGAUGCUGCUGCAACGUUCAGUCACCCCGCAGUCGACGCACAGCCAAAAGACAGCGACGAAGGACUGCAGCGCGAAGCCGCCCUUUCUCUUUCUGCUGGACGACCGUGAGGAGCAUCGGCACUCGACCGAUACCAACACCACGACCACUACAAACAACAAUAACAACAACAAUAAUAACAACAACAACAACAAUAAUAAUAACGUCAACAACAAUAACAACGACGUCUUCAAGAGAGGCGCCCGGAGGAGCAACAGCCGCGAUCACGUCGCCGACGAGGCGCCGUCGUCGGUGACGUCCCAACGACUCGCCGGCGGUGGUCAGGACGUCGCGAUGCGAUAUUACCGCCUCUGGAUCUACGCCUGUAACCUGGUGCUGUUCGGUAGCGCGAUCGGCUUCGCCGCCGCGGUGUCGCAGACCCUCCUGUUCACCGGCGACCCACGUCGGCACGUGGUGCCGGGUGUACCUCGCGUCUACGACCCCACCGCGCUCUACGGCUAUCUGGCACUGACGGCGCAGCUAGGCGUAGUGCAGCUGCUCGGUUGCAUCGCCGCCAGGCGACUCAGCGCACGGCUACUCCACGUCUACUGGAUAUUGCUGCUGAUCCUGCUGUUCGGAGACGCCGUGGUCGGCGUCGCCUGGAUCUUCCGCUUCGAGAAGAUGCGCGCCGAUCUCAGGCCCACGCUCAGACUACGUUUACAGGUGGAUUACGGUAGAGAGCCACGAUUCAGCGAGCAGUGGGACCGACUUCAGCGGGAGUUCAUGUGCUGCGGGGUGACGGGGCCCAGGGACUUUCCCGGAUCCCGCUGGCCGCAGACCUGCUGCGAGUCCAGCGUGAACGCGAGCGAAACGUGUACGUAUCCGUACGUGCGCGGCUGCGAGGAGACGCUCGUACGUUGGCUCAGGAAGACGGCGGACUUGCUGUUCGUCCUGGGCUUCUGCGUCAUCGCCUUCGCCAAGCUCUGCUUCCUCGGCAUUCUACGCUAUGAGAUACGGGAAAUGAUACAGAAAAUACGACUGCUGAGGGAACCGCCGCCGCCGGCCACGCCGUUCGCGCAACCGCCCUUCACCCAGAUGAUGCCGGAAACGGCCAACAACGGCAGUAUCGUGAGACGCACAACAUUGCCUAACGCGGUCGCGCCUUCAGGCAACGCCUCGCUAUUGCUGCAGUCGGACGAAUGCAACACCGGCCGGCAUCCGCUGCUGGCGAACAACCUGCAGGACGGCGGUGCCGACAGUGACACGAACAGCCAUUGCGCGCUGAUACUCGAGGAGACGACGCCUACCUCGGCGAACAAUCACAACAACUACACGGCCAGCGGCGGUCGUGAGAAGAGCAACGGUAACAACAACUACGAGAUGCGUGAGUUUAACCGCAGGCUGCUGCUGUCGAACGGCACCAGCCCGGGCACGGGAGUGACCGUAACGGGCGGUCAGAGUAGGCGCACCUGACUAUGGAGAUGGUGGCGAAACACCUCGAAUCGUUUCCUGUACAGGAGCAAUCGGCGGCGCGCCGACAUACCGCUAUACAAGUAAAGAAAAACCUCCCCGCAACCUUUCUAUCAGGCAUUUUAGUUUCUUUUCUAAAAGAAUAACUCAUGAACAUCCAGCGAGCUACUGGCUGGCGCGAGUCCAACGGACGGUGCGAUAUACGUGA